CCUCGUUGGGAUGAUUCUAUAAAUGACACUACCCCUGCUUUUGGAUUUUUGUGUCGUCUUCUUCUUCUUCUUCCUUCCAUUCCAAACCAACCCUCCCUCUCUUCCUCCUCAUGGCUAACCAACCUCCUGUUCGUCCAUGGUUUCGCUUAGCCUCUCUCCGAGCUAUACCACCGGCUCCGGCCCCUGCUCCUGCUCCGGCUCCGGCUCCGGCACCUGCGCCUACCCCUGCACCGGCACCACCACCAGCACAGCCAGAGACGCGGCCGACGGUGGUGAGACCCACAUUUAGGACAAGUUCCGCACCGUCAUCGCCGCUGACUCGAGCACCGCCUCCUGCGGAGGAACCUGUUGCUCCUCAGCCGCCACCAGUGGAGAGAAGGUCUUUACCGCCGUCGCCGGUUCAGAAAGCUCCUUCCCCGGUUCAGAAAGCUCCUUCUCCUGUUCAAAAGGUUCCUUCUCCGGUUCAAAAGGGGGCAUUCCCGGCGGCAUCAUCGGUUCCACCUGACGUGAAUGGUAAAACCCAGUCUCCGAAGACGAUCAAGCCAGCGGUACAGGCUCCCACCAUAGAAUCGCCGAAGGUGAAGCCCAUUACUGCUCCUCCACCUUCUCCAUUGGUUCUUCCACCUGCGGUGACAACAAAGACGAGCACCGAGACUGAGCGGCCGACGGAGGCAGAGGCGGAGCAGAAGACGGUGCUGUUUCAGAAGACCGUGGAGAAGCCAAGACAGAGGGUCAUCAGUGAAAAACCCAGCGUUCUGCAUCAUGAAAAACAUGGCGGACACAGAGAAGUGAAGAAAGCAGAGGAGUCUGGAAUGAGGGUUAUAACAAUUUCAGGGGAAAAUAGAGGAGCUUUCAUGGAAGUGAUUCAAUCCCCAAACAAACUCAACAAGAAAGGAAACAAAGAAGGUUCCGAAUCGGAGAAAUCCAGCGAAGAAGGGGAGGGAAAGAGUUCGGAGAAGAAGGGAAAGAAUCACAAAGGAAAAGCAUCGUCAUCAUGGCCGAUGACAGCAUUCUUGAACAGCAACGUGCAGAGCGUGAACAACUCGCUCAUGUACAACUCAUCGUGCACCCAGCACGACCCAGGAGUGCGCUUUGUCCUGUCCAAGAAGCCACUGGGAGAUGGGUUUCAGAUCAAAGAACAGAAGAAUUGAUUUUUCAAAAAUAGAGUCUGAUGAAUCGUGUCUGUCCUUGUUUAGGCACAUAUAUAUGCAGAGAAGAAUAAAAGAUCAAGAUUAAGGUGCAUUGUUGGUCCUGAGAGGAAAGGGAACGGAUUCUUGUGCUUCUCGCAGAAGAUGAAGAUUCUCCAAUGCUUCAAUAAAUGAAACAAACUAAAAAGAUGCAGUUAUGAGAUUAGUUUUUGUAUGAGAGCGGUUUAUAAUCUGCGUAUGGGAUGGAGAAAGUAUGUGAUAGUACGCAUUAUUAUUGUCAUAAAUUUUAAUUACGAUCCUUUGUUAUUG